AUUCAGUGUAUAGGAUCAGCUUCUUGUGAUUGAACUGCAGUCUAUUUUUUCUCCUUUACAUUCCAUAUGCUUGUAAUUCUCUACAUAUAUCCAUCAAAAUCUUCAAUUUUCGUAUGGCUAUGAAGAGAUAAAGAUAAUAAAAAGUGAGAGAGUUCUUUGCCAGAAACCAUGGAGAAGACUGAAGAGGCUGUGGCAACUGAUGAACCUAAGAUUAACUACAGAGGAUGGAAAUCUAUGCCAUUUGUUAUAGGAAAUGAAACUUUUGAGAAGCUGGGGACUACUGGUACCCAGAACAACUUAUUGGUAUAUUUCACUACUGUGUUCAACAUGAAAAGUAUUCAAGCUACAACUCUUGUUAAUGUCUACAUUGGUACAACAAACUUUGCUACCCUGCUGGGAGCAUUCCUCUGUGACACUUAUUUUGGUCGAUACAAGACGCUGGGAUUCGCUUCGAUUGCCUCAUUUCUGGGGAUGGUUUUACUUUCUUUGACAGCAGCAAUCUCACAAUUGCACCCACCCACCUGUGAGGAUCAACAAACUGGAGCAUGUCGGGGACCGACACCAGGGCAAUUAGCAUUUCUGUUUAGUGGACUGGGACUGCUAGUUGUUGGAGCUGGUGGAAUAAGACCCUGUAAUUUGGCCUUUGGAGCUGACCAAUUUGAUCCCAAAACAGAAUCUGGGAAGAGGGGAACCACCAGCUUCUUCAACUGGUUUUACUUCACCUUCACUUUUGCCAUGAUGGUAUCUUUAACAAUAGUUGUGUAUGUACAAACCGAUGUGAGCUGGGCUUGGGGAUUGGCAAUUCCUGCAUUUAUGAUGUUCCUGUCAUGUGUAAUGUUCUUCAUAGGAUCAAAACUUUAUGUGAAAGUAAAACCAGAAGGCAGCCCUUUCACAAGCAUAGUGCAGGUCAUAGUGGCUGCUUUUAAAAAGAGGCAACUGAAGUUAUUAGAUCAACCAUGGUUGUCCCUUUAUAACCAUGUUCCGAAAAAUAGUAGCAACUCCAAGCUUUCUUACACUGAACAAUUCAGGUGCCUGGAUAAAGCUGCCAUCGUGACACCUGAAGACAAAAUCAACUUGGAUGGUUCAGCAGCCAAUCCAUGGAGGCUUUGCAGUCUGCAAAAUGUGGAGGAACUGAAAGUCUUGAUAAGAGUUAUUCCGAUAUGGGCUUCAGCUGUUGUGUAUUAUGUUGCUUUGGUUCAACAACAAACUUAUGUAGUCUUCCAAGCCCUCCAAUCUGAUAGACGCCUUGGCAAUACCAAUUUCAAAAUCCCAGCUGCAACUUACACAAUCUUUACCAUGUUUAGCCUCACCAUAUGGAUACCUAUCUAUGACAGAAUCAUUGUUCCAAGGAUCCAAAAAUUGACCAAAAGAGAAGGUGGCCUCACAAUCCUUCAAAGGAUGGGCAUUGGGAUGGUGCUUGCUAUAGUCACCAUGCUUUUAUCUGGCAUAAUUGAAGAAAGGAGAAGAACCAUGGCUCUCGCUAAGCCACUUGGUGAAGAUCCUAGAAGAGGUGCAAUAUCUUCUAUGUCAGGAUUGUGGCUAAUACCUCAGCUGACACUUAUAGGAUUUUCAGAAGCAUUUACUAUUAUUGCCCAAAUCGAAUUCUACUACAAGCAGUUCCCAGAAAACAUGAGAAGUAUCGGGGGAUCUUUAGCAUUUGUUGGUUUUGCAGCAUCAAAUUACUUAAGUGGUUUACUGAUAUCAGUAGUUCACAGAACCACAGAUGGCGCCGCAACUGGGGACUGGUUGCCUAACGACCUUAACAAGGGAAAAUUGGACUUCUUCUAUUACUUGGUUGCAGCAUUAGGAUUCAUAAAUUUGGGCUAUUUUAUAGUAUGUGCACGGUGGUACAAGUAUAAAGGAAGUGGUGCCAAUUCUCCUCAUGAAUUAAGUAAUGUAUAACUGCAGUCCAAAAAGCCUCCAGUAUAAAACAUGAAUUAGUUCCAAUACUGCAGCAUAGUUAAAACCCGUUAGCUAAAGCAGUGUCAGUGCCACAACUGCCCAAGGGGUGAAUCCUUUGCAAUCAACUAGUAUUUCAAAGUUAUACGAUGUUCUUCUAUAAUCAUAAUGUGAACCAUAAAAUAAUAUUUAAUAAACUAUAUGAAAGUAGGAAGAAGCCAGCGUUAAGAGCAA